AUGUCGUUUGCUUUCAACAUGAAUGGAUGUCUGUUUGUCCUUUUAUUGACUUCCUCAACUACAUUUGCUAUUAAUAAUGAUAAAAUUAAUACCGUAUUCAGUUGGAAACAAAUUAGUUAUGAUUUUAAAGGAGUUUUAUAUCUAAAUGACACGGAGUAUGAAAGAAGCAACUCCAGCAUAUACUUCGUGCAAGAGUUGCAUGACUCUGAGAAGUUCUUCCUGCAGUACAACAAUGUACCCAUCGGCUUUGAAGUUUAUGGAGACAGAGUCUUCGUUACUGUACCCAAGAGGCGAUAUGGAAUACCAUCAACUUUGAAUUACGUAGAACUAGGGGGACCAUCUUCGCCCAUCCUGAAGCCGUACCCCAGUCCAAGAUGGAGUGAGAUCCUCGUCUCCACCUACCGUCCAAGAGUUGACGCCUGUGGUAGAUUGUGGGUAGUUGAUACUGGCCUUCUAGAAGUACCAGUUGGUAGAAAACAGUUGAAGCGUCCGGCUGUCAUCGUGUUUGAUUUGAAGACCAACAAACAAAUUCUGAGGUACAAUUUGAAGGAAACUGACUUAGUCAAUGAAAGAACCACUGGAGGACUGACCUCAAUCACAGUGGAUGUAGACCCAAAGUCAUGUGAAGACGCAUAUGCCUAUAUCAACGAUUUAGCUACGAACGGUGUUAUAGUGUUCUCCAUGAAAGAAAGAGACAGCUGGAGGAUAAAUCAUAGCAGUUUUGUUCACGACAGCAAUGCUUUGAAUUUCAGUGUGGCAGGUAAUGUUAUCAAUUGGAAGGACGGUAUAUUCAGUAUAGCACUAUCUGAACAGCAUAAGAAUGGCACAAGAACUGCCUAUUACCAUCCUCUAGUGUCUACUCAAGAGUUUUCUAUAAACACCCAACAUUUGAAGAAUAGAAGUGGUGAUAUUGAUGGGAAAGUUAUGACCCUCGGCAAUAGAGGACCUCUAACACAGAGUGGGUCUCACGACUACCAUUAUGGCUCCAGAACAAUGCUGUACGCCAAUGUCGCACAAGAUGCCAUUCUGUGUUGGAAUGUAGACACCGAAAUGAAACCUGAAAAUGUGGCCAUCGUAGCACAGGACCGUGAAAAACUUGUAUAUAUAUCUGACCUCAAAGUAUCCGGCGAUGAUGUAUGGGUCCUAGUGAAUCAAAUACCUACAUUUGUAUAUUCCAAACUGAAUCCUAGCGUAGAAAACUAUUUCAUACACAGGGCAAAGUUACAAGAUUUAAUAAAGGGUACAGUGUGUGAAAGAAAGUGAUAAAAACUAUUGUACAAGG